AUGUCCAUGAUGGCCACGAUCUCAGCUCCUCCUGUCAGGACCGGUCCAUCGACCUUUUCCACUAUGCCAGCCUCGGAAGUUGCUCCGCAGUGCCCGGUGCAGCAAGACCAGGGUAGAUGCUGGCGCCUCCUUGGCAGCGUGCUGGUUACGGCUGCAUGCACGAAGGCAGCGCGGGCACAACGAGUUCGCCGACUCUGCAAGCCUGUGCAGACGAUGCGGGAGCAGGCAGAGCUAUUGGUCAGUGACCGCAAAGCUCUGCGGAUCGGGAACGGCGAUCUCGAGUCUCUGAUCUCAGAGGAGGAGCGCGAGAAGAUGACCGAGAAAGCUGACACACUCGAACCCUACAGGCAGUAUGUCCUCUUCGCUGCCUUCGGUUUGAUCCUGGGAGCUGGAAACGACUUGUUUUGGCUGGUUUUCCAGCCUUCUUUCUUCACGAAGGGCUUCCUUCCAUCGGGGAGCACAGAUGAGUCGCAGUUUUCGCGGCUGCUGGUGAUCUUGGGAUUGGCGGCGGUGGGCGCAGGCUUGUACUACGUAGGGAACGUGGUCCUGGCACCCGCCGAGCUGCCUUCCGUCGAGACCGUUCUCAGCGCGGAGGAGUCUGGGGAGUCUGUAGAGGAGGUGGAGGCGAGUCGGAUGUUCUACCGACUCCAGGGCAGGUGGUACUAUGGGGUGAACCUCGGUCAGAGCUACUCGAUCUCGAAGUGCAGCGACGGAAGAUGGAAGUUCGAGGAGGAGCUCGCUGGCAGGAGGUGCACAUCGACCCUCAGAGUUGUAGGGGACUGGGUGGAGGGCCACCUCAUCGAUGACGAGGGCCAGCGGACGGGAACGAUUCGCCUCCAGCGAGGCGAGGGGAACGCGGUCUUGUCCUAUUUCCGGGAGCUGGGGAGCUCCAAUUGGUCGAACCCGAAUGAGGCCAUCGGCUGGUGA